CAGGGUUAAGGUAACAAGUUUUUGUUGCUUGGUUACUCUGAUAUUCUGCAUUUUAUUGUCCUGUUUUCUUCAGCAUUCAACAAACCUUUCACGCUCUCCAUCUCCAUUCCCAUCCCUUUUUUUCAAUACCUAUUCCCUGUCAGUUCUUUGUUUUCUUUUUUGCAAGCAAUUGAACUCUUCAGAGGCAUACAGGUAAAGCAAGUUACUUUCUGGAGUAGUUAGAGUUACAUGUGUUUUGUGGGCAGAUGGCGACACAUGACAUGGAUCCUGAUGUUGUUCGCUGGGGUCUUCACCUUCUAGAUGUUUGCACGCUUUCCCAUCAUGGUUCGCCUAGUAUUCUUACCCAGUAUGAUCCUGAUUUUAGUCGAGUUGAAUAUGUCAGAGAAGGAUUCUGUCAGCAUGAGUAUGUGGAGAAUGACGAGGCUGUUGCACGAGCUUAUCAAGAAGAAUUAUCACAACUUGACUCCAUGGGAGCUUCUGGGACACCCAGUUAUCAGAAUGAGGGAAUGCAAGGAUCUGUCUAUACACAAGAUUGGCCUCAUUCUUCAAAUGGAAACUAUAAUUACGGAAACGAGUCUUGUCAGAACUCUGUAGAUGAGUCAUCGUACAAUAUGAAAGAUGUGGAGAAUUAUGGUCCAAGUGAAAGGGGAAAUGAUAUGCAUGACAUUCAUGUUUUUGGUUCCUCUGGGUCAGGAGAGGUACCUGUUGCUAGAGAUGAUGUCUGGGAUUCAUUGGAAAUAUCAGACGAAUCUUCUCUUGAUGGCGAAGUUGGCAAAAGAUUAUACCAGAUGGUUCCCAUCCCCCAUAUUCCUAAAACCAAUGAAAAAAUACCAUCUGAUGACGAAGAGACAUCAGAUCAUCAAAGGCUUCUAGACAGAUUGCAGUUAUAUGAUCUGAUUGAGAAUAAGGUUCAAGGAGAUGGUAACUGCCAGUUCCGUUCUUUGUCAGACCAGCUCUAUCGAUCUCCAGACCAUCACCAAUUUGUGCGGGAGCAGAUUAUUCAACAGCUCAAAUCUUCCCCAGAUCUGUAUUCUGGUUAUGUUCCCAUGGGUUAUAGUGAUUAUUUGAAGAAGAUGAGCAAGAGUGGUGAAUGGGGUGAUCAUGUCACAUUGCAGGCGGCUGCAGAUUGGUAUGGUGUCAAAAUUCUUGUUAUUACAUCUUUUAAGGACACGUGUUACAUAGAGAUUCUUCCACAGAUACAGAAGUCUGGAAGAGUGAUAUUUCUGAGCUUUUGGGCAGAGGUGCAUUACAACUCAAUCUAUCCAGAAGGAGAAUUGCCCUCAUUUCAGACCAGGAAAAAGAAGAAAUGGUGGAAUUUUGGUGCUUAGGUACAGUCAGUCACAUUUUAAUUUUAUACAUGAGUAGUGGCUUCAAUCGGCAUUGUAAUUAUUUGAGCUUUUAAUGUUUUUAGGGCUGUUGCUAACGCUACCUCCAUUAUUUUGUAUAUAUGAACAUUUUCAUUUUAUGUA